GUCCGAGAGGGCCUGCCGGCUCGAGAGGGGGCCCCGGCGCCGGGGCCCGCGGAAGCGAUGUCCUCUGGCGAGGUGGACCUGGCUGCCUUGGCCAAGGAGCGGGCCCUCCGCCAGCGCACCCAGGCAGCGCAGGGGGGCGCGGCGCCCAGCGUGCCCGUGCCGGUGCGGCAGACGAAGGCGGCGGCGAAGGUCCCGUCGGGCGGCAUCACCGGCGCCCAGAAGGCGAUUCUCAUCCUCGCCGCCGUAUUGGUCGGCCCCGCCGUUCUCAAGCAGGUGUACGACAAGGUGACAACGGAGACGGUUGACGCCUCUGCCUUCAAUAUCGUCACCCACUACGACACUCCUGCGAUUGAGAUGAUGGACGGGGCUGCUGUUGCGCCAGCUGACAGGUCAAGGGCAGGUUCGUCCGCUGCGCGCAGGAGCUGCAGCAGCGGUUCCCCGGCGUGCGCAUCGAGGGCGGGCCCUACACGCCGCCCGCUGCGGUGCAGUACGGCAUCCGCGCCGUGCGCGUGGCCCAAGGGGCCACAGGCGUGUUCUUCGUGUUCGGCGAGCAGAUCCUGGCCAAGCUUGGCCGGCCCCCAUUUGAGUUUAUGGGGGAGAUGCACACAAACUUGCGAGAGCUCACGUCGCGGCGCUGUAUGGGCUGAACAUGGUGGCGGACACCUUGAAGUCCAUUAA